UCGGCGGACAACGGACAACAAACUCGUAGGAAAUAGGAAUUGUUAUUGUUGGUUUGUUUUUCCCUAAUCGGCCUAAUCCCUCUAUUUGUUUCUUGUAGAUUCAUAGAAGUGAACUUGAAGUGAGGUUGUGUAAAUUUUGAUUAUUUGUUAUGCUUGUGGCGUUGAUAGUUAUUUGCUAUGGUUCUUGGAACCCUAACCUAAAUGAAAAGUUACAAGUUUGAUCAUUGAUCAACUGCAGUUUUAUAUUGACUUAGGCCUAUAUAAACUGAAAGUGGUGUUUUAUUAGACUAUCCUAGUUUACGUUUACGGUACUCUAGAUAGGACCAGGCCUUCUAGCUAUAAAAUAGGCCUAUAUUGAGAUCGCAUCUUUAACAACAAAAACCUACAAAAAUGUUUAUCAAACAAGUAAUCAUACAUGGCUUCAAAAGUUACAGAGAACAAACUGUUGUUGAACCAUUUGAUCCUCGGCACAAUGUUGUUGUUGGACGGAAUGGGUCUGGAAAAAGUAACUUCUUCUAUGCUAUUCAGUUUGUGCUGAGUGAUGAAUUCUCACAUCUCCGGCCAGAGCAGAGACAGGCCCUGCUACAUGAAGGCACAGGACCCAGGGUCGUUACUGCAUAUGUUGAAAUCAUAUUUGACAACACUGACAACCGGCUGCCUAUCGAAAAAGAUGAGAUUGUUCUACGUCGAGUCAUUGGUGCCAAAAAAGACCAAUACUUCCUUAACAAAAAGAUGGUGCCUCGCUCAGAUGUCAUGAACUUGCUGGAAUCUGCAGGCUUUUCAAGGUCCAACCCCUACUACAUUGUCAAACAAGGAAAGAUCAACCAAAUGGCCACAGCUCCUGAUUCUCAGCGCCUGAAGUUACUACGUGAAGUGGCUGGGACAAGAGUGUAUGAUGAGCGAAAAGAGGAGUCAACUGCUAUCCUUAAAGAAACCGAAGGGAAAAUUGACAAGAUCCAAGAAUUUUUACGCACUAUUGAAGAACGCCUUAAGACACUUGAAGAAGAAAAAGAAGAGUUGAAAGAAUACCAGAAAUGGGAUAAAAUGAGACGUUCAUUGGAGUAUUGCAUACAUGACAGGGAGCUAAAAGAUACAAAAAGAAAACUUGAUGAGCUUGAAGAAAAACUGAGUAACUUUGAUGAAGAUCAGAAGAAACUAACAAGUGAGCUUAAGUCAGCCCAGGAAGCCGCUAAGAAUAUUGCUCGCAAGUUGAAGGAGGCAAAGAAAGAAGUUCAGAUAGCAAAAGAAGAAAAAGAAACUCUCAAUGUUGAACAGCAACAACUUUUCAAAGACAAGACUAAAUUGGAACUAACCAUUAAAGAUCUCUCGGAUGAAGUCAUGGGUGAUGAUAGAUCAAAGGAUCGAGCUGAAAAUGAGCUUCGAAAAUUGACUGAAACAAUCUCGCAAAAGGAGGGCGAGUUGGAAAAAUUAAAACCUCUUUAUGAAGCACAAAAGAAAAAGGAAGAGGACUGCACUCGAGAGCUUGCCCUGAAAGAACAAAAGAGGAAAGAACUGUAUGCAAAGCAAGGAAGAGGAAGUCAGUUUACAUCAAAGGCUGAUCGUGAUAAAUGGAUUGAGAAAGAGCUUAAAUCACUCAAUAAACAGAUUAAGGAUAAAAGUGAACACCGUGACAAACUGGCUGAGGAAUUGAAGAAGGAUGCUGAAAAACAAGUCCUUUUGGAAAAGAAAAUCGAGGAGCAAACUGCAGAAUUGGAAAGACAAAGAGGAGCUAUUGAUGAUUACAACAAGCAACAUUACGAACAUAAGAAAAAUAAGGACCAAUACCAGAGUACUCGCAAUGAAUUGUGGCGGAAAGAAAAUCAACUUCAGCACACUCUAACUUCUCUGAAAGAAGAAUUAGCCAAGGCUGACCAGGCUCUCAGGAGUAUGGCAGGAAAACCUAUCCUGAAUGGGAGAGACAGUGUACGGAAAGUGCUGGAAACUUUCAGACAGCGAGGAGGGACCUAUGCAGACCUGGCUGAUGCUUACUACGGACAGAUUAUUGAGAACUUUGACUGUGAGAAAAGCAUCCACACGGCUGUGGAGGUCACUGCUGGCAAUAGAUUGUUUUACCACAUCGUGGAGUCUGAUAGUGUUGGUACCCAGAUUCUGAAGGAGAUCAACAGACAGAACUUACCUGGUGAAGUGACCUUCAUGCCCCGCAACAGACUACAUGUCAAAGACCAGCGCUAUCCUGACAGCAGUGAUGCAAUUGCUAUGGUUAGCAAACUGAACUAUGAACCCAUGUUCGACAAGGCCAUGAGGUAUAUCUUUGGAAAGACUCUGAUUUGCAGGAACCUUGAGAUUGCCACAGACAUGAGCAAGGAGUACGGUCUUGACUGUAUCACCAUUGAUGGUGAUCAGGUGUCAUCCAAAGGAACACUCACUGGUGGGUAUUUUAAGAAUAUGAGGUCAAAACUGGAAAUCCAGAAACAAAGAACAGAACUAAUGGCCCAGAUUAAGGAUUCUGAGGAUAAACUUGCUGAGUUGAGGACUCAGCUCAAGGAGACUGAAGACAAGAUCAACCAAGUUGUAUCUGAAAUGCAACGCACAGAAACCAAGAACAGCAAAGCCAAGGCAAACUUUGACAAACUGAAAGCUGACAUAAGGCUGAUGAAGGAGGAGUUGUCUGGUAUAGAGAGGUACCGCACACCCAAGGAGAGAUCACUGGCUCAAUGUUCCUCUAACCUGGAGGCUAUGCAGACCACUAGGUCUGGGCUGGAGUCUGAACUCCACCAGGAUCUACUGGCACAAUUAUCAGUUGUUGACCAACUAGAAAUGGACAAACUAAAUGAUGACAUUCGACGUCUGACUCAAGAGAACAAAUCUGCGUUUGCCACAAGAAUGAAACUUGAGGCUGAGAAAAACAAACUCGAAAACUUGCUUACCAACAACCUUAUUCGGCGUAGAGAUGAACUUAUUCAGGCUUUGCAAGAAAUUUCUGUAGAAGAACGGAAGCGAACGUUGGAUAAUAGCAAGUCAGAGUUGGCUGGCAUUGAGAAAAGAAUUGAACAGGUUAACAAGGACUUCAAAGCCAUGGAGAAAAAAGUCCAGGAAGCAGUUAAGAGACAAAAAGCUGAGCAAGAGGAACUAGAAAGAUUUCGAAUAAGAGAAAAAGAAGCACAAGAAAAACUAGAUGCAGAUUCAAAAGACUUAACAAAAGUUGCUGCAAAACAGCAAAUUUUGCGACAGAAAAUUGAUGAAUGUACAACAAAGAUUGCUGAGCUGGGUUCAAUGCCUCAACCUGAAAUGGUCAACAAGUACAUGGCCUACACCUCCAAAAAUCUGUUUAAAGAGUUGGAAAAAGCAAACAGUCAUCUUAAGAAGUACAGCCAUGUCAACAAAAAGGCUUUAGAUCAAUUCAUGAGUUUCUCAGACCAGAAAGAGAAAUUAAUGAAAAGGAAAGAAGAACUUGAUAGAGGAGAUGAGAAGAUCAAAGAGUUAAUGCAGGUAUUAGAGCAGCGCAAGUGUGAAGCCAUCCAGUUCACAUUCAAACAAGUAUCCACAUACUUCAGUGAAGUGUUCGCUAAGCUAGUACCGGCUGGACAUGCCCAACUAGUCAUGAAGUCAGCUGACGGGCUUGAAAGUUCUGGUUCUCAUGAGAUGGACUCGGACCAAUUUGCUGGUGUGAUGAUCAGAGUCUCAUUCAACGGCCGAGGAGAGAUGAGGGAGAUGAACCAACUGUCUGGAGGACAGAAAUCACUUGUUGCUCUGGCUCUUAUAUUUGCCAUUCAGAAGUGUGACCCAGCUCCUUUUUAUCUCUUUGAUGAAAUAGAUCAGGCCCUGGAUGCCCAGCACAGGAAGGCAGUUGCUGAUAUGAUCCACGAAAUGUCCAAAGAAGCACAGUUCAUCACCACCACAUUCAGACCGGAACUGCUACAACAUGCCAACAAGUUUUAUGGUGUCAAGUUUAGGAAUAAAGUGAGUCAUGUGGAAUGUGUGACAAGAGAAGAAGCAUAUGACUUUGUUGAGGAUGAUACAACUCACGGUUAAGGCAUCCAAGUUGUCUUCUGUAAAUAGGUUCUGUAAAUAGUAUGGCCAAGACCAAGAGGCUAGUAAUCAUUAUCAUAUUUUAUAUCAGUUGUAGACUAGGAUUAAGAGGCUAGUUAUCAAUGUCAUAUUUAUCAUAAUUUAUUACAACCAAUUGCAUGUUCAUUGUUCAUUGUACCUGACUUAAAUCAUGUAUUUGUGUACAAAAACUGAAUCUCUAGGUUUAAAUUUGUACCCAGAAUCAGUGCACAGAUGGCGCUUUGCACACAAGCCCAAUUAUUGGUAUAAAUUUACUCAUUUUGGCCAAAGCAAAUGUUCACUAAAAAAUAUUUGACCACAGUAUCUUGUAAUCCAGUAUUGACUUUGGUUAUAAAUUAAGUUUGCCUAAAAGUAUUAUGGAAAUGCUGGAGUAUCAAUGAACUUGAAAAUAUUUUAUUGGAUUUAACUUUUUAAAUCCCACUAGGUAUUACUCUGAGGUUAUGUUUUUAGCAAAAGGAAAAAGCAUUUUGCUUGGACUAAAUAAAUAAUAUAGGAUGGAGAGGACACAGCUAACUCACCUGAUGAAAGGUUGCAGACGAGUCAAAGAACACAUAAAAGAUAUAAACACACACACAUAAUACGUGUGUGUGUGUGUGUGUGUGUGCAUUUUAUGUGUUCUUUGACUCGUCUGCAACCUUUCAUCAGGUGAGUUAGCUGUGUCCUCCCAUACUCUAUUAGGUAUUACUCUGGUGAUUUUAAUUUGUUAAGUAGCCUAAACCAUUAAUUAAAUGUGAGAUCAAUUAGAUAAUAAUUGUUUGUAAUAAAUAAUCAUUGUGUAUGUUUCCAAUCACACUUAAAGAUAAAACCCAAGUGUAAAUAUCAAGAAUUACAGUUUUUGUCUGGUAGUAUUUAGUUGCAUAGUCUAGGCUACAUUUAAUAUAAGACAAUUCAUUUUAUAAUGGCAUUAAGAGAUAUGGUUUAUUAUAUUAAAGUUCUAAACUGCUACAGUUUAAGGGGUUGAUUGUCAUUGGUAGAAAUUAAUAAGUCAAUAUUUUUGUGAUUAAAUAACUUACGUCAUCAAUCCAUGAAUUGCUGUGGAGUACGCGUUUCAACCAUCAGGUCACCCUCAGCUCCACUGUCACUAGGUUGAAUCUGUUUCUAUGUUGCUUCGAUUUUGUAGCAACAACGUCGAUAUAUCGAAUAAAUAGGCCAAACACAUUUUACAUUCAUUACACAUACACGACACAAAACAUUAAAAUAACGGAAAAACUAUGAUUAUAACACUGUGCGACGUUGUUGCUACAAAAUCGCAGCAACAUAGAAACAGAUUCAACCUAGUGACAGUGGAGCUGAGGAUGACCUGAUGGUUGAAACGCGUACUCCACAGCAAUUCAUGGAUUGAUGACGUAAGUUAUUUAAUUAUUUGAUAACUCAAUCCGUUGUGCUACAAUCUCAACAUUAUAAUAUUUUUGUGGUUCUUUGUAGAGUUUAAAAUUAAAAUUGUACAAGUAUACCUAAAUAAAUUGUCGCAAGGUAAACAAAUAGCUAUAAUAUAUUGAUGUUAAAGUCAUGCUUUCUAGCUGAUUGUCAUAAACAUUUGAAAUAUAAACCUUUGAUUUGAAUAUUGGUCUGAUCACAACAAGUAUGUCAGUCAAGUCAAUUGUGAUUUCAACAAAGUAAACGACAAUUAAACAGUAAUGUCCUAUUUCAUGUUAAAAUACAAGUUUGAAAUCAAGGAGAUUGAGACUCAACUUCUUACUUGUAGCCUAAUCCAUACACAUUUCACACAUUAGUGUUAAAUUAAACAUAUUGUACACGAUUUUCUCUACCAAGAACCAUUAUCUGCCAUUUUAUCUGUUGAAAGAACAGACAAAACUUAAAUAGUUUUGAAAUGUUGUUGUUUGAAUACAGAUGUUGGAUUGGGACGGGUUUUUAUGUAAAAUAACAGUGAAUGCUUUAACAUGUUUUUGUUUAUGACUUGUAAAAUCAUUUCAGUGUAGUUUUAAUAAACCCUUAGUUUUAGUUUAGUUUUUACUAUGUACAAAUUUAUUAAGUUAUCGUUAUCAUGAAAUGAGAGUAAAUAAGUUAGUUAAAAAAUUAAAAAAAGUUAGUUAAAAAUUGAUUCUGCAGGGAGAAGAGACAUAAAUUAAAUAUUUUUGAAACUUUGUUUUGAGUAAAGAUUUUUAGUUAAGAAUGUCUGUUGUUUAAAAUAAAAUUUGACAACUUAAAGUAAUUUGUAUUCUAGGAAAAAAUGUUAACAUUGUAACAAAGAAACAAUUGUAUCAUGAUUUCCUUUUUCUUUUUAUAAAAUUAUUUAAGUUUUCAUUUGAUAAAAGUGAUUUAAUUUAUUACUAAAAUCCCAACCCUCGUUGGCCAGUAUCAAUUAAUGUUGUCACAUUAGUGCAAAGUAUAUAGAUUGUUGAAACUUUGCUUUCUAUAUUCACUGACAAUUGUAAUUUAAAUUGUUUAUAAGACUUAGUGCAAGAGAUUUUUAUUCUAUUACAAUGACAUUAAAAAAAACAUAUUUGUAAUAAAAAUAAUGUGU